AUGGCGGCCCAGCCAGUGUCCCGGGUGGUGCGGCGGGUCCUGAGAGCCGGCGUCCGAAGCUGCAGCUCUGGGGCUCCGGUGACGCAGCCAUGCCCUGGGGAGCCUGUCGUGGAGGUGCCGUCCAGGCCGAGGCCGUUCCUGAGGGAGGGCGCCGCCCCCUUCUCCGCCUUCCUCACCGACAGCUUCGGCCGGCGCCACAGUUACCUGCGGAUCUCCCUCACCGAGAGGUGCAACCUCAGAUGUCAAUACUGCAUGCCCGAGGAGGGGGUCCCUCUGACCCCUAAGGCUGACCUGCUGACCACAGAGGAGAUUCUGACCCUGGCCCGGCUCUUUGUGAAAGAAGGCGUGGACAAGAUCCGGCUCACGGGCGGGGAGCCGCUCAUCCGGCCGGAUGUGGUGGACAUCGUGGCCCAGCUCCGUCGCCUGGAAGGCCUGAGGACUAUCGGCAUCACCACCAAUGGCAUCAACCUAGCCCGGCUGCUGCCUCAGCUUCAGAAAGCUGGUCUCAGCGCCAUCAACAUCAGCCUGGACACACUGGUACCAGCCAAGUUUGAGUUCAUCGUCCGCAGGAAAGGCUUCCACAAGGUCAUGGAGGGCAUCCACAAGGCCAUCGAGCUGGGCUACAGCCCCGUGAAGGUGAACUGCGUGGUGAUGCGAGGCCUGAACGAGGACGAACUCCUGGACUUCGUGGCCUUGACCGAGGGCCUCCCCCUGGACGUGCGCUUCAUCGAGUACAUGCCCUUUGACGGCAACAAGUGGAACUUUAAGAAGAUGGUCAGCUAUAAGGAGAUGCUGGACACCCUCCGGCAGCAGUGGCCGGAGCUGGAGAAGCUGCCCGAGGAGGAAUCCAGCACAGCCAAGGCCUUUAAAAUCCCCGGUUUCCGAGGCCAGGUCAGCUUCAUCACGUCUAUGUCUGAGCAUUUCUGUGGGACCUGCAACCGGCUGCGAAUCACGGCGGACGGGAACCUCAAGGUCUGCCUCUUCGGGAACUCAGAGGUGUCUCUUCGGGACCACCUGCGGGCAGGGGCCUCCGAGGAGGAGCUGCUGAGGGUCAUCGGGGCUGCGGUGGGCAGAAAGAAGCGGCAGCACGCAGGCAUGUUCAAUAUCUCCCAGAUGAAGAACCGGCCCAUGAUCCUCAUCGAGUUAUUUUUGAUGCACCAAGAUUCCCCACCAGCCCUUCAAAGCACUUUCAGGAACUCUCUCGGUGUUCAGGUUCUGAGACGCAGAGUGAAUUUCUCCAGCCAGAUGGUGACUUUAUGGAAAGGAGGCGGGGUCCCCCAGGCCCCUCUUGUUGCCCACCAGUGGCUGGGGGCCAGCCUCCCUCAGAGACACUUCAGUUCCCACCUGGACUCAGAUGCCAACCCAAAGUGCCUUAGCCCAACAGAGCCUCGGGCUCCUGCUGCUGCCUCAGGACCUCUGCCAGCCUCUGACCAACUGACCCACGUGGACACAGAAGGACGGAUGGCUAUGGUGGACGUGGGCAGGAAGCCAGACACAGAGCGGGUGGCCGUGGCCUCGGCCGUGGUCCUCCUGGGGCCCGUUGCCUUCAAGCUCAUCCAGGAGAACCAGCUCAAGAAGGGAGAUGCCCUGGCGGUGGCCCAGCUGGCAGGCAUCCAGGCGGCCAAGCUGACCAGCCAGCUGAUCCCUCUCUGCCACCCCGUGGCCCUGAGCCACGUCCAGGUGCGGCUGGAGCUGGACCACGUGCGCCACGCCGUGGUGAUCCAGGCAUCUUGCCGGGCCCGGGGCCCCACCGGGGUGGAGAUGGAGGCCCUGACCUCCGCUGCUGUGGCCGCCCUUACUCUGUAUGACAUGUGCAAGGCCAUCAGCAGGGACAUCGUGUUGGCAGAGAUCAAGCUCGUUAGCAAGACCGGGGGUCAGCGAGGGGACUUCCACCGAACAUAG